CUAUCCUUCACAUACACAUCCCACAGUGUUCGCACAACCGCCACAGUCAUGUCCUGGACCGGGUUCAAGAAAGGUGUCAACCGCGCAACGACGCAGGUCUUGAUGAAGACUGGCCAGGUUGAGCGUACCAACGACCGUGAUUUUGAGACUGAACUGCGACGCUACCGCACAAUGGAGACGGCCGCCAAUAAACUACAAAAAGAAGCCAAAGGCUACCUCGACUCGCUCCGCGCCAUGACGGCCUCGCAAAUGCGCAUCGCCGAGACGAUUGACGCCUUCUACGGCGAUGCGGGCGCCAAAGACGGCGUCUCGCGCUCCUACAAGCAAGCCGUGACGGACCUGGACGCCGAGACAAUAAAAGCGCUCGACGGCCCUUACCGCACCACGGUGCUCGACCCCAUCCAGCGCUUCUGCUCCUACUUCCCGGAUAUCAACUCGUGCAUCACCAAGCGCGAGCACAAGCAAAUGGACUACGAUCGCAUGCGAUCCCAGGUCAAGAAACUGACGGACCGCCCGGACAAAGACGUUACGAAACUGCCCCGCGCCGAGAAGGACGAGCAGCUUGCCCGCGUCGCCUAUGACCAGCUCAACGAGACCCUCACUACCGAACUUCCUCAGCUCAUCGAUCUCAGGGUGCCUUACUUGGAUCCCAGCUUCGAGGCCCUGGUCAAGAUCCAGCUGCGCUUCUGCGCUGAAGCGUACUCGAGAAUGGCACAAGUCCAGCAGUAUUUGGAUGCGAAUACGCGAGACCAAUAUGCGCAGGGCGAACUAGACCAGAGGGUCGAAGAGGUACUGCAGGAGAUUCGGGACCUGAGCAUUGCUGGGACGGUUUAA